AUGGGUGUAUUUUUAUAUUUAUUUACGUGUUAUAUUUUAUUCACACAAAGUAAUGACGCGGCCAGGAUUCUAGUUGUGAUCCCGACUCCUUCCAUCAGCCAUCAGGUGGUCUUUAGACCUGUGACGCAAGAACUUGCUAAGAGAGGACACGAUGUCACCGUCAUCACAGCAGAUCCCGCCUUCCCGAAAGGAGGAGCUCCUGUUAACCUGACAGAAAUUGAUAUUCAUGACAUAUCAUACAGUUUAUGGAGAGAACAUUUCAUGGCAACCAGUAAAGGAAACAAAGCAGAUUUAAACGACCAAAUGAAAGUUAUUGUGGAUUUGUUUCUAGUGAUAUUUGAGGCUCAAGUAAAAGAUGAAGCCGUCCAACGACUGAUCAACGAUAAAACUCAAAAGUUUGAUUUGAUAAUUAUAGAAGCUUGUGUUAAGCCGGCGCUAGGAUUCCAUCAUGUUUUUAAUGCACCUAUAGUUUUAAUGAGCUCUUUAGGAGGCAUUUUUGACAACUUUCAAACGAUCGGCGCUCCUACACAUCCCCUGCUUUAUCCAAUGUUUCUUCGCCAGAAAUUGAACAAUUUGACGAUGUGGGAAAAAAUUACAGAGCUUUACAACCAUUACAAACUAGAAUUCAUGUUAUAUGAUAAUUUACUUGAAUCAGACAAGUUGCUAAGAAGACUCUUUGGUGAAGACAAACCUUCAUUGACGGAAGUGUACAAUCACGUGGAAAUGUUGUUUCUCUACGAGAAUCCAGUUUUUGUUGGCCCUCGACCUGUACCACCAACUGUUGUAUACAUGGGAGGAUUACAUCAAAACCCGCAGAAAGAAUUACCAAAAGAUCUAAAAUCGUAUUUAGAUUCCUCUAAAAAUGGCGUAGUUUACGUGAGUUUUGGUACCAAUGUGGAUCCUACUCAGCUACCGGCUGACAGGAUCGAAGUCCUAGUGAAAACAUUAUCUCAAAUGCCUUACGAUGUGCUAUGGAAGUGGAACGGAGACGAGCUGCCUGGACGUACUGAGAACAUCAGAAUCUCAAAGUGGUUGCCGCAGUCAGAUCUACUGAGGCAUCCAAAAAUAAAAGUUUUCGUAACGCAAGGAGGUCUACAGUCAACAGAUGAAGCGAUAACAGCUGGUGUUCCAUUAAUAGGAGUCCCAAUGUUGGGUGAUCAGUGGUUCAAUGUGGAGAGAUAUGUAUAUCACAAGAUUGGAGUCAGAUUGGACAUCGAUAUCAUGACGGAAGACAAUUUCAGGAGCGCACUUCUUGAAGUUAUUAAUGAUGACAGCUAUCGACAAAAUGUUGUGAAACUGCGUACUUUAAUGAGAGAUCAGCCUCAAUCUCCAUUAGAUCGCACUAUUUGGUCAUUAGAACACUUACUGCGUCACGGCAACGCGAAGCACCUGCGCUCACCUACCGCCAACAUCUCGUGGUGGGAUUACUUAGAACUGGAACUGGUGUUCACACUGCUGGCAGGACUAUUCGCUGCAAUAAGUCUUGUAUUACUCGCUGUAUAUUCGUCGUACAAAUAUUUUGUGAGAAACUAUGUGGCUGUUAUUAAAGUAAAACAUUCGUAAUGUUAUUUAAGAAAGUUAUUUUAUAAGUAUGUGUAGAUAUUUAGCUUACUGUGAUAUGUCGAAUUAUGAAAGUCUUGAAAAUAUGAAAUUAUUAAAAAAUACUA